AUGGAAAUGUCCGGCACAGAUUUGGAAGCAGACUGUGCCAAGAACAUUGCUCUUCUUUACUAUCUCGGACAAGUUGCAUCGCACCCUCACAAGAACCUGACCCGGCAACAAGAGGCAGAUGUUGGCUGGACCAUCUCUCUCAAUGAUGAGAAGCACCUGGCGACUACUCUUGGAUUGCUGUCUGGAAUAAAGGACGACAUUAGAAAUGUGACAGCCGUGUGCGUCGAGGAGACAAGACAUGGACUAGUCAUCAUGGUUGCCGCCAACGCCAAAGGGCCUGGGCCUUCAUCGCCAUAUCUGCAAUGGGUGAAGGAGGGAUUUGACAGUGUCUUUUCCCUACUCAAAGACGCCUCAAGUAGCUCUCGUGGACAACUUGAAGGUGAUGUGUUCAAGGCCAUCGUGUCAAUGUGUCGCUGGCGCAUCCUGUCGAGAAUCAGGAUGAUCAACCCUGAGAACAGGCCGACAAUUCAGAAAAUCUUGAGAGAAAUUAACUCUGCAAUCGAAAAGUCUCAACAGAGUGCGGAUCGCACGAGCUUCAUGGCACUGAGCAACAAGUUGAUGUCUGAGCUGGUCAAGUAUCAGGCUGCAUUCACUCCUCCAAUCGGUGGUACUUGGACGUUAACCAGGGACGAAGAGCUCGAGUCUAUCGUUCAGAUAUGCUACGAGCUUUCCGAUAUGCCGACGGUUGGCACCAUACUUCUCAAGGACAUGAACGGCAUGAAACCGCGUGUUGACCCGAGUACACGUGAGGCGGUUCUCAACAUGAUCCGAAAAGUGGGAAACUACAAGAGGGCAGCGACGACACUGGUGAAACUCGCGAGGCGAUAUGAAUGUAUCCGUCAGGCCAAUACACUCCCCGUGGUGUUGGACUCCUCGGCGCUUGUCCAGCGUACUCCUACACCGCGUCCUAGUCUUUCGGCUAUGCUGGAUAAGCUGAAAGCUCACCACGGUACGAGUUGGAAUACCGAAAAGGUGGUCAGAGAGCUUUCAUGUUACCUUGGGAGCGAGUCUAAAUGCUAUAAAAGCCAAAUUGACCCGCUGAUGCGUCAUCCGAGAGUUCAUGCUGAAAUGCAACUCAUCUGGUAUCUUGAUCAACACAAGGGCCCGACGCCUCCAAGGGUAAUUGCCUCCAACAAGGAUGCUUGCUAUCUCUGCAACGCCUUCAUUGCCUUCCACGGAAAGUACAGCAUCCCAAGAACCCACGGGAGGAUCUACCCCGGCUGGAGACUGCCAUCUAGCGGCCUCCAGGACGCGAAGAAGGGCUUCACUCUGGAGCUAGAGCGCUUAGCAGUGGCUAAGAUUAACCGGAUAAUCAAGGAAGGGACCGAGCGGAUAGACUGUCCGUUAGAGAGCACUGUUCCAUCAGCUGCUGUAUCAGGUCUAUCGAUUCUCACGCAACAGGCAGAAGCAUUGCGAGAGACGGCAGAAGGCUCUGACAGCGAGGAGACGGUUGUGCCCGAGCAUGGGACUGAAACCUUGGGCCCUCAGGGAAAACAUGGAGAGCAAUGCCUUUCCUCGCACCAGGGAAGCCCUACCGAACAGAAUGGUUCUGAAAAGGAGGAAGAGGCGGUUCUAAGCCACAACAAGGUUGAGAGCAGUGCAGAAUUCAGGCCUUCGCCCAAGCCCGCCAUGUCGACUCCUGCCUCGCUGGGUAAGAAACCAGGCGAAGAGAACGAGGUUGGUGAUAAGGAAGCCUGGAGACAAGUUGAAAAGGGUCGACGAGAGGUUGUGACCCUGCCUGAUUCACUCGAGCUAUUUGUCGAGUACACGACAGGUACCUCUAGCACGUCACAGCACCUCAGGUUUAAGGCGAGGCGGUUAUCAGAGGAAGAAGCGGCGGCAGUCUUGAAUGAGGGUGCCCCAGUGUAUGAUUUGACAAGCCUGGGAUACGAAGAGGUCAAGGUCAAGUCCAGUGGUGGCAUCAUGAUGAGACAAGAGCACGUGGCCAUAUUCAUUACCUACAAAAAUACCAAUAUCCUUCACGCAUUAUUCAUCAUGGCCGCCGCAUACGCCCGUGAGCGUCACAUCGCCGAGCUCGCAGUCCUCAGAGCUUCCAUCCUCACCAAAAAGGUGCUCUCCUCCGUCAGCGGCAUCUCAAAGGCCGACGCCUCGCCCGUCACCGUCGCCGACUUUGCCGCCCAGGCUAUUCUCAUCAGCGCCUUGACCAAGGCCUUCCCCGGUGACACCUUUGUCGGCGAGGAGGACUCUGCUGCCUUGCGGAGCGAUGUUGCGUUGAGGGACCGCGUGUAUGAGCUUGCCUCUGGGGCGCAUCUGGAGAGCGAGGAGGAUGAGGCGCUGCUGGCGAGUCCGGCUUCUGUGGAUGAGAUGCUUGAUUUGAUUGAUCUUGGGGGUCGUGGUCAGGGAGGAAGGACUGGACGCUUCUGGGUCAUGGAUCCUGUUGAUGGUACGGCAACCUUUCUGCGAGGUGAGCAGUACGCCGUUUCUCUGGCCUUGAUCGAGGACGGUCGAGAAGUCGUCGGCGUGCUGGGCUGCCCCAACCUCAAGCCCGUAGAUGGCGUCCUCGCAGAGACAACUGUCGACAAGGAGGGACUUGGUCUCAUGCUCUCAGCUGUCCGAGGCCAGGGAGCGACAAUCCGCACCAUGAACUUCAGUGGUCUCGAAGAAGCCCGCCCGCUUGAAGGUCUCGACAAGGCCUCGAAUCUUUCAGACGCCAGAAUUGUCGACUGCUCCUCGAGCAAGACGUCCCGGCACGACCUGAUCGCCAAGCUCGCCGCCUCGUUCGGAGCAGUGUACCCCAACACCGAGGUGUGGUCGUCGCACAUCCGGUACGCCGCCCUGGCCGUUGGCGGAGGCGACUUCCAGCUCCGAGUUCCCUCAUCCCCGGACGUCCGAAUGUGGAUCUGGGACCACGCCGGCGCCCAGCUCGUCUUGACCGAGGCCGGCGGCAAGGUGACGGACCUGGACGGCAAGACUAUUGACUUUGGAGCCGGAAGAGACUUGAACCAGAACCGGGGGUUGCUUGCCGCGAGGGGAGGUAUUCAUGCCACGGUCCAGGAGACAUUGGCUAAGAUCAUGGCAGAGGAUGAGGCCUCGCGUUAG